AUGACGGGGGUACCACGCGAUAUCGCGCAACAUUGUUUAAACAUCAAACCAUCAGUAGAUCCGGUCAUUCAGGGAAGGCGCAGCUUCAGCGAAGAAAAAGCAAAAGCGAUGGACGAGCAAGUAACAGAAUUGCUCAACGCGGGAAUCUUGCGCAAAGUGAAAUACCAUACAUGGGUUGCCAAUCCAGUCAUGGUGCAAAAACAUAACGGCGGAUGGAGAAUGUGUGUCGACUUCAAAGACCUCAACAAAGCAUGCCCUAGAGACUGCUAUGCGCUCCCGGAAAUAGACAAGAAAGUCGAUUCUUUAGCAUCAUUCAGGUGGAAAUGCUUUCUCGACUGCUAUAAGGGUUAUCACCAGGUCCAGAUGAAAGAAGAAGAUGAAGAAAAAACCGCAUUUCGCACAGACAAAGGCAUCUACUGUUACACUAAAAUGCCGUUUGGGUUGCGCAACGCAGGCGCCACAUAUCAACGCCUAAUGGACACAAUCUUUAGCGAGGAUAUUGGCAAAACUGUCGAAGUAUAUAUGGAUGACCUCGUCAUCAUGAGUCAUGAAGAGGAGACGAUGCUCCACAAUAUCCAGCGCACAUUCGAUUCCUUACGAAGCGUAAAUUUAAAAUUGAACCCGACAAAAUGCUCCUUCGGAAUGGAAGAAGGAAAGUUUUUGGGUUUCAUAGUUACCAAAGACGGUUUUAAAGUCAAUCCAGAGAAGGUACAGACCAUUCAGCAAAUGCCAUCACCAGCAACAGUCAAAGAAAUGCAAAGGCUUGCCGGACGAUUAGCAGCUCUAAAUAGAUUUUUGGCCAAUCAUGCAGCAAAAUCUUACCCAUUUAUCAGUACGCUGCGAAACUGCGGUAAGAAAACUCCCUUUCAAUGGACACCCGAAGCAGAAGCAGCUUUCAAGCAAAUGAAAGAAUAUUUAAUCCAAUUACCAACACUGACCGCGCCAAAAGAAAAAGAACCAUUAAUCUUGUAUCUGUCAGCCGCGGAGGUGGCAGUAGGCGUAGUAUUAAUGGUAGAGCGGGAAAACAUUCAGACUCCAAUCUACUACAUCAGCAAAAUGCUUACCGGACCUGAAACUCGUUAUUCAAUGAUAGAAAAGCUGGUUUUAGCGCUAGUACACGCAUCCAGACGCUUGCGCAGACCAAGACCAGCAAUCAAAGGGCAAGUUCUGGCAGAUUUCGCCACCGAAGUUCCCGUUGAUAAAGUGCAAGAAUGUGAGGCAAUCCAAAAUCCAACGCCUGUUUUUGACGACAGAGUCUGGACCUUACACACUGAUGGGGCGUCCAAUGACGACGGAGCAGGAGCAGGUCUCCGAUUAGUCAGCCCGGAUAAUCACGAACUCACAUAUGCUAUCCGCUUGGAUUUCCAAAGUACUAACAACGAAGCGGAAUAUGAAGCAUUUCUAGCAGGUCUUCGUCUAGCACUCAAAAUGGGAGCAAAAAACCUUGAAGCUAACGUUGACUCAAAGCUAGUAGCUGAACAAGUUAACGGUCGCUACGACGCGAAGGGUGAGGCUAUGGCGUUGUACCUCGAACAAGCGCGGAUGUUAAUUAAUCAAUUUCAGACAUUCAAAGUCAAUCACAUAAACAGAAGCGAGAACAAACAUGCUGACGCGCUAAGCAAAUUUGGGUUACCAUUGCGCAUUAUUUCCGAUAAUGGCACAAACUUUGCUGCAGAAGACCUUCAAAAAUGGUUCAAAGAAAUGAAUAUUGAGCACAGCUUCACCUCCGUCGCACAUCCUCAAGCGAAUGGUCAGGUCGAAAGCAUAAACAAACAGAUCGUCGACGGUAUAAAAGCGCGACUGGGGACAGCGCGCAGAGGGUGGGUUGACGAGCUUCCCAACAUCCUCUGGGUGCAUCGAACAAUGCCAAAGACUAGCACCGGAGAAACUCCGUUCAGUUUAGUCUAUGGGUCAGAAGCCGUCAUUCCAGCCGAAAUAGGCCUACCCUCGCCGCGCAUGUUAGCAAUGGAAAAGCAGGACAAUGAGCAAGAACGGAGGAUGGAUUUAGACCCUCUGGAAGAAAGACGCGAGAACGCGGCCAUAGCAGAAGCAAGGUACAAGUCCAAGUUAGAGAGAUAUUACAACGCGCGUGUGCGCAUCUGCACUUUUGUUCCCGGAGAUUUUGUCUUACGCGACAACGAGGCUUCAAACGCUGAAAAACCCGGCAAAUUAGCGCCGAGGUGGGAAGGACCCUAUGUCAUCAACGAAGUCUUGGGUAAAGGAGCAUAUACCCUAAAAAGGGUUGAUAGGACUCUAGUUCCCAGCACCUGGAACGCACAACAGUUGCGCAGGUGUUACAUGUAA